GAGCGAGAGAGAGAGAGAGUGCUUCAGUGAUUCCCACACUGUCUUGCUGGCUGGCACUAAGCGCUGUGUUCUGAUCCGGCCCCUCUGAUGGGGUUUCAUGCUUGUAGGCAGUGUUGGGGACUCUGAGAGCAACGCACUUUUCCAAGCCUCAUCUUGACUUAUUUGAAAAUCCUGCUCACUGACCAUCUCAGCCCACCAAGAUGAGACUCAGGACAACUCAUCUCAGACUCAAUGAUGGCUAAUGGAUCCUGAAGAAGGGUCAGUCACUCGAACCCAAAAGGGAGAUAAAAAGGACAGCGAACUCAAGUGGUCGAAGGACGCCUUGCAGAUAUGAGAGUGAUACUGGCGUGUUGCCUCCUCUCCCUCCUCUCUCAAUCACAUGCCUGUCCCAAAGAGUGCAGCUGCAAUGCAAACACCAAAGUUGUGGACUGCAGGGGUCGAGGCCUGUAUGACAUUCCUCGACGAUUACAUCCAGACACCCAAGAGUUAUAUCUUCAAGACAAUCGAAUCAGAGGCCUUGGAUCGAUGGCUUUUCGAGAAAUACCGCUUGUUCGCAUUCUCGAUCUAUCAAACAACUCGAUAACAUCUGUUUCCCCAACUGCUCUUCUGGGGCUCAGAACUCUGCAGCGGCUCAGCCUGGCCUACAACAGCCUGAGAGAGCUUGACAAGCGGUUAUUUGGACCCAUUCACUCACUUUCACACCUUGAUCUUUCACACAACAGCCUAUGGGGCUUGUCCGGAGCCAUGGGUGACAAUCUGAGGAACCUGAGCCACCUGGGGCUCGCCCACAACAGGCUAACACGACUAGACCGAUCCCUGCUGGAGACCUUGGCCCACCUGGACAGCCUCACACUACGAAGCAACCCAUGGAAGUGUGACUGCCACCUUAUAGGCCUCAAACUGUGGCUGGAGACCUACCUCUUCAAAGGUGGUGCAGUGGAUGAGGUGCUUUGCUACCAGCCUCUCGAGAUGAGGGACAGAGACCUACAGAAGGUCCCUUACCAGCUUUUCCAUGCCUGCAUGACCACCAGCUACCAUUACUUAUUUGCCAACAUCCAUCAUCUGGAGUCGGAGCGGCUGCUGCGAGGCCACAUCCAUGGCAACCACGCUCACCCUUCAAGCCACGCGCUCCAUGUCCCGAUGGCAAUGGGGGAGGGCUUUGGCGGUGGUGGAGGAAGUUUGCCAGAGUGCGAGCCUAAGCAAAGGCACCGACCAGUCAACUUGCGUCACGCUAUCGCCACAGUGAUCAUCACCGGUGUAGUUUGUGGGAUAGUGUGUCUGAUGAUGCUGGCUGCAGCGGUGUACGGAUGCGCAUAUGCUGCCAUCAUGGCUAAAUAUCAGCGAGAGCUAAAGAAGAAUGAAGAGUUGGCGGCAGCUCGUGUAGCCAAGCUUGCCACACUGGAUGAAAAGGAACCACUGGAGAAUGCUAUUGCCUAGGAGAUGGUGACACAACUUUAAACGUGGGUCUCAACCCUUUAACUCAAAAAUAUUUGGAUGCCAUAUGUGUGUGCAUGUGCGACUGUGAGAACAAGGAGAGAGAUGUAUAUUUGUGAUUCAUGUUUGUAGCGUCUUCUAAAACAUGGGUAGCUAAUUUACGCAGGUAUUUCUCUAUGCAGUACAGAAAUGGAACUGUGCGCAAAUUUGAAGGCACGGGGCAAAGUGGGAAAAAAAAAAGAAUAUACAGCAUUUUAUUUUCUCUUAGAGACGCAUAUCACAGAUACAGUAGAUGCAAAUUGCUAAAUUCAUUUCUCUGUAUUUGUAGAUCUUAGUAAAUCUCUGGUAUUUCAAAUGUUUUUUUUAGAUGUUGUUCAUGGUUAUCUUGUCUAAUUUUGAAAUUAAUAGUAGGCAGCUCAUCAAUAUUGUUAUGUUUCAUUUGUUUGUAAAAAAAAGGACACAAAGACUGCUUGUGUCAUUAUUUAUGCCAAUUGUGAGUAUGUGCGCUGAAUGCUCAUUUAUAGAGAAUUGCAUUGUUUGUGCCUAAUAAUGUGAUACAGUUUUACAGAGAAAAUGUGUUUUAUUAAGGAUAUUUUUCUGACAACUAUUUCAGGGACAAUGGGUACAUUUUUAAAGCAAUAACAACAUUUGGACUCAGCCUUGUUGUGUUUCCACAACUUCAGGGGUUCACAUGGCUUAUUGUCCAUUAUUGUACUGCUGCACAAAAUCACAUUUACUCAUACAAACAUUUACUGUCCAGUCACUUGAGAUGUUGUUUGUGAGUCAAUUAUGUAAAGGUAAACAUGUCUUUUAGUAUGUAUUAUACAAAAUAAAUAGAGACAUUCUACCUAACUGCAAAAUUUAUACUGAUCAGAUAUUUGAGCAGUUUCUUUCUUAAUUACACAUUUGUACAAUGGGAAAAGAUGGACAUUCCAAAUGUACCCACAUUAUUUUUUUAUACGGAAAGAAAGGCAUUUGGGUGAAAAAUGAUAUCUAAAAACACGCAUCUUGCCAAACGAUAAGAUCUUAUAAUAUAUUUAUCUUAUUAUAAAAGGUCUUCACAGCACUGAUUGGAAAAUUACAAAUGUAUUAAUGAAAAAUAAAACUGUUUUAAAAAAAAUCAUAAAGCAUUAAAUCAAAGGUGUUCAAAGUGUGUCACAGGGAAUUUGCCCUUAAAAAACAUCUUUUGGCUAGAGGCGCCCCUUAUUAAACACAUUUCUGCAUCAUAUUUUGCAAAGUGUUUUGAUCAUC